AUGGGUCAGAAACAGUUCCAGAAGCGCCUAGAGUUGGUGAGAGAUGUCAUCAAAGGUUACGGCUUAGAGCCGUUGAACAUUGCCACCGUGGAGUACGAGGAGAACGUCCCAUUCGAGUACAACAACUUUAUUUACAAGAUUACACUUUCGACCCCGGCAACCGCGUCCUCCAUUCCCAAUCCUAGACCCUACACCGUGGCGCCGCCACAGGAGGGUGUGUCCACCCUCAUCAUGCGCCUCACAAACCCGAAGGCAGAGGGCAUUGUUCACGAAAACCGUGUCGAGAACGAGGUCGCCGCCAUGCACCUCGCCCGUCAGGGCCUCUUGUCUUCGGCCAAACCAGACACCGCGGCGCUCGUCCCGGCGUUGUAUGACUGGCAGUCUUCCAACAACUGCCCGUCCGGUUUUGGGUGGUCUUUGAUGGAGUUCAAAGAUGGCGUGCCGCUUGACAGAGUGUUUCGGGACAUGCCUAUCGAGGACAUGAAGGAGGUGCUGGGACAGAUUGCGGAUAUCUUCACGGGCAUCCAAAAGUCGCCGCUACCGAAGAGCAUUCUGGGUCAUGGAGGCAUGACGAUCAAUGUAGAGGGGAAUAUUGUGAGCGGUCAGAUGACCACGCUCAAAGGCGGGCAUUGGGAGUCAUACAACGCUUUCUGGAAGGCAAGGCUGGCGCUCCGUAUCAAAGAUGCUGGCGUGAGCCCGGCUUUGGACGGUUGGAAACCGAACGGCGUCCGAGAGCGUAUUGACAAGUUUCUAGCCGUGGGUCUUGGAAAGUUCCUCGACGAAUCCGGCGUGGACGUCGGAAGGCGCAAUCUUAUCCACGGAGAUCUAACUACGAACAACAUGCUUUACGAUCCCAAGACAAAGAAGGUGACGGCGGUCCUCGACUUCGACUGGGCCUUCGUAUCACACCCCUGCCACGAAUUCUUCACUUCCCUUGGCGACAUAGGCGGAAACACCGGUGGCGGCACUGGGCGCGACCCGGACCUCAGCGACGGUCGGCUAGGCAAAGCUAUCAUGACAGGCAACUUCGACAUUCCCGAUAUCCCAGAA